CGAAUUUGCUGCAUCCCGCCCAUCUCUUUAUCUUUCUGUGCUCGCCUUUGUCUUUUGUGCUGCUACUGGUCCUGCGCGCCUUUUUUGCAUUAUGGGGGGCGCUAUGCUCCGGACUCUGUUAUUGUUGCUCUUGGCUACCGCAGGUGGCUGGGGUCUCUUCCCUGAUAGACAUGGAAGCUUUUGUAGUAUCUCUCAGCAAGCUGUGUGUGGAGAUAAGUGCAUUCCUUUGAUGUGGCUUUGUAACGGAGAACAAGAAUGCCCUGAUGGUUCAGAUGAGCAGUGUGAUGAAGAAUGUCAUGGAGACCCAAAUGCAUGGCAGUGCAAUAAUGGAAUGUGUAUUGAUGCUACCUGGCUUUGUGAUGGUACCAGUGAUUGCAUGGAUGGCUCUGAUGAAAAGAACUGUGUUUGUGGAGAGAAAAAAGUUUCAUGCCGGGGGAAUAAGCAAUGCAUUGAUCCAUGGGAACUCUGUGAUCAGCAUAAGGAUUGUGAAGAUGGUUCAGAUGAAGCAAACUGUCCUCUGAACAACUGCCUGGCUGGACAGUGGCAGUGUAAAAACAAAGUGUGCGUUAUGGAGGACUGGAAGUGCAACAGCAUAGACAACUGCGGUGACCACUCAGAUGAAGAAGUCUGUGCUUACUGCCCAGAAGAAAUGAUCCUUUGUGAUAAGGGGAAAUGCAUUCUGAAAUCUCUAAUGUGCAAUGGAGUAAAAGACUGUCUAGAUGGCACUGAUGAACCCAGUACUUGCGGCAAGAAUUGCUCUCUGAACAAUGGAGGCUGCAUGGAGAAUUGUACCGAGACCUAUUGGGGUGUGAGGUGUUCAUGUGGUCCUGGCUGGAAUCUUCACGCUUAUGGUCAAAAUUGUGCAGAUGUUGAUGAGUGUGAAAUGCCGUACAGUCCUUGUAGCCAGUUGUGCAACAACACAGUGGGCUCUUUUACCUGUGACUGUGUCCAAGGGUACAGGCUCUCCAACAGAACUACUUGUAAGAGUGCUGACGGUGCUACCAAAAUACUGCUGGCUGUUGGGCAUGAUCUUGCUCUCUUGGAUGUAAAAACUCACCACUUGGAGGCUCUAGUGUCUACAAGGACAACGCCCAGCUCUGUUGCCUAUGACUUGUUAAGGAAAACCUAUUAUUGGGUUGAUGAAGGGAAGAAGCUUCAUAUCUAUUUGCCAGGAAAAAAUGAGAUGCUUCUCUAUCCAGAUGUUGGCAGUGUCAACAGCAUAUCUGUAGACUGGUUCACAGGGCAGUUAUAUUGGGCCAGCAGCUUUCCUCGUGCCAUCUUUGCGGGCUUAAGUGAUGGCAGGGGGUAUGUGAAGGUUCUAGAGAAGAACGUGGUGCCAGAACAACUCGCUACAUUUCCACAAAAAAGAUACAUGUAUUGGGUGAAUCGUGGUGAGAAAAGCAGGACAGUAAUAGAAGCUGCAGGGAUGGAUGGUUCAAACAGACAUGUCCUUGCAGUUGUAACUACCGAAGACCCUGUUGGAUUGACUCUUGAUUAUAUAACUAGUAGACUGUAUUGGAUCAGUGAGUAUAAAAAGUCCAUAGAGACCAUAAAGGUAGAUGGCACUGGCAGAUACACUUUCCCAGAGAUGCCACUGAAAGAACAAGCCCCUCUGGGACUUGCUGUAUUUGAGGAUCGGUUCAUCUGGGCAGACAACAAGCAAUUGCUGUAUGCAUCCCGCACCUCCCCAGGUGUCAGUGUGUUGCUGAACUCCUCAAUCUCUUCAUUCACAGUACUGCAUGAGCUGCUUCAGCCUCGAAGUAACACAUCUGCAUGCGCUCCUGGAUUGUGUAGCCAUAUUUGCCUUUUGUCGCCAGUUCACACCAAGGGCUACAAGUGUGCCUGCCCAGAGGGCAGUUUCCUCCUGCCUUCUAACAAAUGUGCAGAGCCGCAUGUCUUAUAUUCUACUAAUAACCAAAUCUAUUGGCUGCAAGUUGACCCAAAGGGGGUGGUGCUGCAGCAGCACAAAAUGAUGCACGAAUGGCCAGAAACCAUCUACUUUCAGGACAUGGACUGGAGCAGGGGAUUCAUUUACUGGACCGAUGACAAAGGAGAACUGAUGCGUUUUUCAAAAGAGACGAAAGCAAAACUAAUAAUUCCUACGAACUCGCCAGUCUGUGCAGCAACUGUUGAUAUAACUUCUGGGGACCUAUAUUGGCUAACCUGUGGCAGAACUGAAAUUAAGGUUACUACUUUUGCUGGCUUGAUGACAAAGGUUCUCUAUCAUGCGAAGGCUACCAUAUGGCACCUAUUCCUAGACUGGCAGAGAGCAUCCCUAUACUGGCUUGAAAGUGGGAAACCUAUUCAGAGGAUGAACCUUGAUGGUAGGGAUAUCAGGGAAGUGUGGAAUGAAACCUGGACAGAAGAUGUCCCAAUAACCUUGGACACAAGCUCAUGUAGCUUCCUCUGGACUUCCAAAGACAUGGCGCUUAAUAUGCUGAAUCUCAUCACACACAAAGCAUAUCACCUGAAAGAGAGAUGGACACAUGGAGUGGCAGCUGCUUAUGGGCCUUACCUGGUAACAUUCAACAGAACAACACUUGUGGUCUGGAACAGAAGAUCAAUGCAGCCCUCUGCUGUGCAAGCAGUUGAUGUACAGAAAGCAAUGAUGGUCUUUGAUACAAAGUUGAAGACUGUUGCAGUGCAAUCUGUUCCUGUUGCAAAGCCUACCAUCACAAACACUGCUGCAUCAACUACUACUAGUCCUACUGCUGCAACACCACAAAUUACAGCAUCAAGUACGCCCGUGCUGAAUGUUGUACCUACUACAACAAUGCUGAAGACCACAACAAAGGCAACAAUGCCAAAGACCACAACAAUGGCGAAAACUGUAUCAAAGACCACUAAGACUGCAACAACAAAAACCACCAUCUUGACAACUGUGGUCUGCGGAUGGGCUGAAGUAGCCUGCCGAAAUGGGCAAGAGUGUGUGUCCUAUGAAUACGUCUGUGAUGGAGAAGAGGACUGCAUAGAUGGGUCUGAUGAAGACAACUGUUCCCAGUUCUGUAGUAAUCCAGGAAUCUUCCAGUGUUGGAGUGGCAACAAAUGUAUUAGUGAGAAGUACCGUUGUGAUGGGGUGCAACAUUGUCCGGAUGGCUCCGAUGAAUCCAGCUGCUGGAUGCCAACACCAGAGUGUGCCCUACGUUGCGACGGUGGCACACGCUGUGUACCUGAGAGUUGGUUAUGCGAUGGGAGCCCCGACUGCAGUGAUAGUGCAGAUGAGCACGGCUGCGUUCACGCAGAGUGCACUGAACUGGAAUUCCAAUGUAGAAGUGGACAGUGUGUUUCGUACUCCCUGCACUGUGAUGGAGACCGUGACUGUAAAGAUGGCUCAGAUGAAGCUGACUGCCCAGUCCUCAAGUUACAUCUCUGCCAUCCAAAUGAGGUCAAGUGCCUUAGAAGUGAAGAGUGCAUCCUAAAGGAAUGGCUCUGUGAUGGAGAUAAGGACUGUAAAGAUCAAUCUGAUGAACAGGACUGUGAGUUGCUAGGGCAAAAAUGUGGUGCCAACCAGUGGCAAUGUAGCAGUUUAGAGUGUAUCCCAGACCUAUGGCACUGUGAUGGGCAGGCUGACUGCAGAGAUGGGAGUGAUGAAACUUACUGCAAACCGAGGAGGUGCCAGGGCUAUGAAUUCCAAUGUGGUGAAAUCUGUAUCAAUUACACUCUGGUCUGCAAUGGGAGGCCAGACUGUCAAGGUGGAUGGGAUGAAGGCAGAAACUGUGCCCUGCCGUGCCAGAGGUCGUGCUCCCAGAUCUGCUACCAGUCUCCCAGUGGGCCUAAAUGUGCUUGCCAUGAGGGAUUCAGGCUAAGAAGCGACAGGCGCUCCUGUAAAGAUAUCAAUGAAUGUAAAGAGCUGGCAGAAAAGAAAUGCAGUCAGACCUGUGUCAAUACAAACGGUGGCUACAAGUGCUCUUGCCACUCUGGCUACUUGUUGGAACCAGAUGGCCACACAUGCAAAGUAGCUGGCUCCGAGCCAAAGCUGCUUGUUGCAGUGCAGUUUAAUUUGAUCCUGUAUGGAUUAAGGAGUUCGAAAGAAGAUGUUAUCUUGACAACUGAUAAGGACCUUGUUAUCUUUUCUAUUGACUAUGACUUGGUGGAGCAGAAAGUCUUCUGGAUGGAUCUAAAUGCAGAAAGUGUUAAGUGGAUGAGCAUGAAAGACAAGCAAAGGGGGAAUCUAGUAAAAGGAAUCAAAUCAGAUAGCAUAGCCGUGGACUGGAUAGGAAGAAAUCUUUACUGGACUGAUGGAACGGCAGGACAGCUAUUGGCCACACCACUAAAUGGUACUUGGAGAGGAUAUCCUGAGUACACCGUGGUUCUUGAUUACCUGGAUCAACCUCGGUCUCUAGCACUCCACCUCCUGGAUGGAUUAAUGUAUUGGUCUGAAAUAGGGGAUGAACCUAAAAUAGAGCAAGCUGGUAUGGAUGGAAGUAACAGAGCAAUUCUCCUUGAUGGGCUUGGCUGGCCCACCAGCAUAACCCUUGACCUCUUGAGCUGGAAAAUCUUCUGGUCUGAUGACAAGUUUCAUUGCAUUGGAUCAGCCUUUCUGGAUGGCACUGGCAUGAAGGUGUUAGAGCUGACUGAAAUUCAUAGUCCCUUUGCAGUGACUGUCUUUGAGGAUUACAUUUAUUGGUCUGAGAUGAAAACAAGGACAGUACAGAGGCUAGACAAAAGAACGGGCAAGAACAGAACAGUCCUUAUCAAGCGCCACGGGCAGCCAUAUGGACUAAAGAUCAUGCAUGAAGUUCUCCAGCCUGCAGCCUCCGACCCGUGUGUGGGCAGUGGCUGUUCACAUGUCUGCCUGCUGAACCCAGACAAGAGAGGGAGCUGCCGCUGCCCAGUUGGGCUUGUGCUUUCAAAUGAUGGCAAGACCUGCAUUCCUCUAAAGGAGUCAGCGUUCGUGUUUCUGAUUACACAAACCACUAUUACACAGGUCUACCUAAAGAAACUGCGCUCUGUAGCAGGACAACUGACUCUUCCCGACCAUAGCAUUCUCCCCUUGACAAACAUCACCCACUUGGCAGCAGCCGACUACUCUGUACGCAAUGCGGCCCUUUAUUUCUCAGAGUUUGAGGAUGGCUUCAUAAAGGUCCUAGCGAUUAAGGAUGCUGGGAGAGUUUCUUUGAAGAAAAUCUUGUCAGUGGAGGGCAUGGUGGUCUCACUCGCUCUGGACUGGCUGAGUGGCAACAUCUACUGGAUUGACAGCAAGCACCCAUCCAUCCAAGUAGCAACUUCAGAUGGCAGAUAUACACAUGUGCUGAUCAAUGAUGGGCUGUUCCGGCCAACGUCUGUGGUGCUGCAUCCCCCAACUGCAGCCAUGUGUAUUGCUGACUCCGGUAAUGAGUAUAGCAUUCUUGGGCCCAUGAUAGAAUGUGCUUCCAUGGAUGGGAGCAAGAGGAAGGUUCUCUGGAAGAGAUCACAGACUCCUGUUGGCUUAACAAUAGUGGAUGCUGGCACCCAGGUCUACUGGGCUGACCAGGCAAAAGGUACCGUGGAAAGCAUUCGGUUGGAUGGCACUCAGUACAGACUCAUUCGUGCAGGGCUGCAUGGCCUUGCACUCUUUGCAGCUGGGGAAGGAAUAAUGAUCUGGACAACAGUGGCUCGCAAUGGUGCAACAAAGGUGUGGCACAGCAAACUGGAGGAAUUGGAAAACUGGUGGUUUAGAGGAGAACAGAAACUUGUAGAUAUAAAGAUCUACAGCAAGCUAAGCCAACAAGGUAGCAAUGGCUGUUCAGAAAAGAAUGGAGGAUGCAGCCACAUUUGUUUACCAAUUCCGCAAGGGAGAAGUUGCAGGUGCACCACUGGAUACAGCCUAGAACAUGGUACUGAAUGCACCAAACAGCGCAAAUGCUCAGAGCCACUUCAAGCCUGCAAGGAUAAUAGAAAAUGUAUUGUAAGAGGGCAAGUUUGUGAUGGUAGCGUUGAUUGUCUUGAUGGAUCCGAUGAGAGAGACUGCAACUACUCUUUCAAGAAGAAACCCCAGUCCACAAGUCAACCUUCAACCCCGCUACAAACAAAACCCUUUCUUGUUAAGAAGACAACGGUGGCGCCCAUCAAAGCCAUCACCAAGAAACCUAUCGCUAGGCCUGUGUAUGUACAACCAGAAGUAACGAAGCAAAAGAGGAGGAGCACUACUACAACACAAGUGCUGCCUCCAAGCAGAAGCCAAAAGGCCACAUUAUCUACAGCAAAGAAACGGAAAGAACCUUCUCUAGUGCAGGGAAUUGUGGGAAGUGGCCUGGGGUCGCAGCCAUGCAGCAGUGAGACCUGUAACCUGAGAGGAGACUGUAUCGUGGAAGGCAACAGAGUGAAGUGCAUCUGUAUGCUGGGCUAUAGCGGAGACUACUGCGAAGAGGAGGAGGCAAGAUCUAAGGCAGGUCUCAUUGUUCUGGGCAUCAUUGCAGUCCUUCUAAUUGCUAUGGCAGCAGUAGGGAUCAAUAUCUACUUCAGGAAGCAAAGAACACGACCAAGGACUUCAAGUACAUCAUCAUCUAGAACAUUGACUACCUACCAGAAGGGCAGUGAAAGAGAAGACAAUCUUGUUGAAGAUGAAACCUGUAUCAAUGCAGCUUACGAUCCAGAGCAGGAGCUGUCAACUCCUCUGAAGACAGGCAUGGGCACAGACUUGUAAAAUAAAUGAAUAAAUUAUUAAUUAAUAAAUAAAUUAUUAUUAAUAA